AUGCCAGAAAUCGCCACUGGGCCCCAAGUUCCACGUCGGGUCGCUAAGCGGAAAGGGACCACUCGCGAACGGACAGGAUGCUUGACAUGUCGACAACGGAAAAAGCGAUGCGAUUUAGGCUAUCCUGUCUGCGCACAUUGCGUCAGACUGAACUACAAGUGUAAAUGGGAAGAGCCCAGACCUUUAGUUCAGGAAAACACACUCUCCACAGAGCAAGUGUCAAAUCAACCAGUCAACACUCCUUUCCGGCUCUCGCAAGUACCUGAUCCUAUCCUCUUUUGGGUAGAUGAUCACUCCGAUAAUACCUCGCGCUCAAGUCGCCGCCAUUUCCUUCGGUACUAUGCACAGACCUUCACUCAUAUGCUCACUACAAACAUUGAGAAUAAUUCUUUCUUAUCUGUCUUUCUUCCAAUGGCAAUGCAUGACUCCGCACUGCUAAACGCUUUAAUUGCGUGGUCGUCAUCUCACCUUUCAUUACGAGACCCCGCGUUCCACCAAGUCGCCAUGCAAAAUAGGGGCAUGGCCAUGCGGGAUUUGCGCCUCUCGCUUGAAUCUAGUCCGAAGAAUGCAGAGACUAAUCUCGCCAUUACGUUAGUUCUCUGCUCCAUGGAGAGUAUCAUGGCCGAUAACGACAGGGCCUGGUAUCUACAUCUCAUGGGUGCUGCAGGGAUCAUUUCAUCUCAGAUUUGCAUGGAUAUGGCCCCAGAUGAAACGAAUUUCUCCAACAUUCUUCAGUCUUUCGAAGACGCUCACACAGGACGGUGGCUUUUGCGCAACUUCGCCUACCAUGACAUACUAAUGGCAGUAGCUCUAGAUAGGGAGCCUUUGCUGCCUUCAUAUCGUUUCGUGCAGCUUGAUGAAGGGCCGGUGGCUGAUUCUUACUUUGGGCUGGCUUCUGAAAUCAUGACCAUCCUUUACCUUAUCGCUUCUCUCAACGAAAGGGUCAAAUCUAUGCAUGAUGACGACGUGGAUCUCAUAUAUGCCAAUGCAUCAAAAUCAGAUGCAUAUAACAACUUCCAUCCGCACAUGGCUCCCCAGCCAUCUCUAUCCGAGAUAAAUACCACGUUCACAUCUCUUGAGCUUCGGCUGCGGGAAUGGGUGUGCCCUCCGUCGAAUGAUGAAUCCCUGAUUCUCUUGGCAGAAUCAUACCGCAGCUCGGCUCUCUUAUACCUAUACCGGGUCAUGCGUCGUGGCUUUCCAAGCGUGGAAGAAAGCCUACCGCACAAAACUGCGCACGAAGUCGCCACAGUGGUGACCAACAUUGACAAAAUGCCCACUCGAAGCCUCCCCGAAUGUACAUUACUUUUCCCACUUUUCCUUGCCGGCGGCGAAGCAUCAAAAGAGACACAUAUCAAGAGCAUUCGUCACAAAAUGCUCGAUAUGAUUGAGUCUCGCAGGUUCCGGAAUGUAGAAGUGGCCCUGUCGGUUCUCGAGAAGCUUUGGCGACUGAACCUCGAGAGGAAAACAACACACACUACAAAAGGACCGGUCGAUUGGCUUGAUAUUAUCCUGCAAGAUGGAAUAAUACUCUCAUUAACUUAG